AUGCCUUGGUGGCAAAAUAUAGUUCCAGACGGAAUAAAGAAAAAUGUUUUGGCCUAUCUGUUGGAGAGGUACCUUGGACAAUUCAUGGAAGAAAAGUUGUCUAGAGACCAGCUGAAAGUUAAUCUUUGGGAUGGCACUGGCACUGUUGAGAAAAUUAGCCUUGAUAUUCAGGCCCUCAAUGAGUUGGGUGAAAAACAGAAUUGGCCUAUGGAAUUUGUGGACGGUUACAUUGAAAAACUUCAGUUGAUCAUUCCAUGGGCAUCUAUAUUGAAAGACCCAAGUUUUGUAGAAGUCAAGGGACUGAAGAUCACCGUUCAGCCAAAACAGCGUCAUGAAUCAGCCACAUCCAUGUUUGAGUCAAUGUGGAAUUCCAUGACAAGUUCUAUGCAGCUUGCAGAGGAAUGUGCAAAGCAAGACGCGGCUAAUACUGAUAAUCCGACCCAAUCCUAUGAAGGAUUGGAACUAUUUGCACAAACUAUAGAUUCGAUACUGAGUAGAGUCAAAGUCAAAUUCAUUGAUACUGUUUUCCAAAUAGAACAUGUACCAAAAGACAGCUCAACGGGUGUAGGACUUGUAUUCGAAAUUGGCAUAAUUGAAUACUUUGAUGAGGCUUGUAAUGAUCCCACAAACGAAGAAGCCACAAAAUUAACAAACCAGGAUUCACAAAAGGCAUAUUUUGUCCAAUCCUACACAACAAAAAAGUUCAUUAUACAAGGUGUGACUCUAUCAACAGUAGAGUUUUCGAGUAAAGCUAGAACAUUUUCGAGAUCAGUCUUAUUAUCUCAAUCCCAACAUGACCAAGAAAACGAUUCUUUGAUCAGUGUGUUGGAAAAAUGCAAUCCUAGCGAAAAUGACACUUUGGAAAAUCCAGAGGAAUGUAAGGUGCAGAAACAGACAAAUUUUGAAGCUCAGCCUAAUUUGAGUGAACACAGGCACGUGAUCAAGUUUGGGCACUUAUCCAGCACCCAAGAGGUUAGGGUAAGGUUGAAGCAAUCAGAAAAUUUGAAUGGACCUAAAGUUUCCAUAGAUGUUAACUUUGGUUCCUUCAUAGUGUUUUUGUCACCUAGACAAUUUCAUCUCCUUAUAGAAGUUGCUAAUGGUUUGGCCAGUCCUGACAUAGAGGAUACAAGUAAUGUAGCGCCAAGGACGAAAUGUGCGUCCAAACCUAUGUCUGGAUUAGAUUUCCAAAGAGUAGAACAAGAGUUGCAAAAUCACCUUCAACCAUUAUCAAACUUACACUUGACUGGUCUUCAAGGGACUGAGGGGUGGUCAACUGCUGCCUUAGAUGAAAGUGAUACAGAGGAAAACUUCUUACCAAUGAAAAACACUGUGAGUGCAAUGUAUGACAGUUCUCUGUCUGGAGUCUACAGCAGUAUGGAAUCCAGCGUCAGUUCAAGCAUGGCAAGUUCUGUUACAGAACAUACAAAUCGUACUAGAAGAAGAUUGAAUAAUUUAGACUCGGACCCUACUGCUGAGAUAUCACACUUUCAAAUCAGAUUUGCCUCUUUAGCUCUGAUUUUGUUGCACGAAGAUUUGCUCAUUCAACCAGUUGAAAGCGGCCAAUUAUUGGUGUCAUCUAGCGUCCAUCAGAUGCAGCAAACGGUCGAGAAGUUUUUCAGCAACCUCGGACAUUUCGUACUUACUGCGUAUGGGAAUAAGGAUUUCGAAAAUGCUAAGGAUAUCUUCAAUAAAGCCUGUUCUCUGAAUCAUCUGAGACUUCUGGCUGCUCCUAUUCAGAUCGAAGGAGAUGAGAAAACGACCAACUCAGCGUUCUCUGUAUCAGGUCAUUUGACAGCUUCAAAACUAGAAGUCUUUGAAUGCCUUUAUAAUACGCCCGAAUGUGCGGUAGAAAUAAUCUCCAUCCUCAAAUUUAUUGAAAAUAAUUCGAUUAACAUGGCCAACUUGGGUUCGGUGAAACCUAGUCUCAAAGUUAACUUCAAGCAUGUUGAAAAAACUUCUAAACAUGCCACAAGAAGAAAUGCUGGACCCAAAACCGAUAUUUCAGUGGUAUUGAACAAAUGUGAAUUAGAUUUCGAUAUCACUAUCAUUGAUAGAGUAUCAGCACUUUUGCUUUCUCCAAAUUUAUGUGUUGUGGAUAAACCAAGCUACAAUCCUUGGACUACUGGUACAUUGCCACAACAGUUAUCGGCAAUCGCCAGAGUAGAAUCUCGGACAGAUUUGAAAAUAUCUUCACUCCAUCUUGAUAUCAAAUUGAGAUUCCCAAUACCAGAUUUUAGGCCAGCUCACGACAUGAACAGAGUUCCCUGGUGGAAAAGGCAUGUCAGAACAGAUUAUUUAUCGAUUAUAUUAACCGAUGUUCUGUUUCAAUCAACAUUCCAAGCAAGUCAAGCUUUUACACAGUAUGACAUCCAAAGCAAAGGGCUGCAAAUUUUUUAUUUUGAAAAUAAAGAGAGUAGUCCCUUGCAUAUUGCCAAGUCUGAGUUCGAUGAUAACUUUGCUUCUUCUAUGCAGGACAUCUUAUUCCAAACUAGGUUAUCAAUAAAAAUUUUCCCAGCUAAAAUCAAUGAUUUGGAUGAAUGUAAUGAGCCCGAACAAGACCCCAUGACUACAUCAUUUUAUGGUGCUUUUGAAAACCAAACAUGUGUUCAACCAGGCCCUUUUAGUGCUAAAAAAGUGGUCCAUGAGAGUGAUACCCCACAUUCUAAACCGCAAAAAGAUGACACAGAUGAAUUGAUAAUUCCUGGUGACAAGCACGAAAUCGACGAAUUUGUCAAGUCCACUAGCGCGUCUUCAAAGAUUCAGGUGGAAGUUUUUAUUCCGAUGAUUUCUCUGCAAUUUCCGUCCAAGCACGUUUAUGAGAUCAUUUACAACAGGAUCAAUAAUGAUCUGCUCUUAUGGACACCAAGUGCACCGAAACCUAAGACUAAUGUAUUUGACAAUCCAACGUACUCUACCUUUUGUCCAGCUGGAAAGAAUGUUAUCGCAGAUGGACAUGAUACAUUUGCAAUGUGCAAAAGUGGAAUUCAGUAUGAGUCCGAUAGCGACAGUGCCGAUGAAUCGGAAGACGGUUCAAACAUUUUCUUUUCAACACAUGACAAUCGCAUGAAAUUAUCGAUGAAACCUCAACCAAAAGCUCACCCUACCGAAAAUAAUGAACAAAGUCAAUUCGUCAUGAACAUACAAAUUGCACAAGGUUUGCUUUGCCUAAAUCCCCCUGUCAGAGAUCUGGCAACUAAUGUGAUUCCUGGACAACAAGGAGAAUUUCUUCUAAACCUAGAAGAUGCCAACGUUUUUCUCGUUAGUGGGUACAAGGGGGACGAAAACUUGGGUUAUGUUUGUGUGCAGCUGCAUAAUGCACAGUUGUAUCAUUGCGAUAUGAUAUCAAUUCCGAGCCAGACUGCCCCAUUGAAAGAGUUUGGCACGAUGGUUGGUAAACAUUUGAACCCUACCGUAUACAAAUCGGAGGUAGGAAUGUUGGCUAAUACUAAAAAUAGGGGUGGAAGUCGGGAAAUGUUCACUGUUGCUGUGAAAAUUCAGGCUAGUCAUGAAACCCAUCAUGUCAAGACAGUACAAGUAUCGAUCGGUUUGAAUAAAGGAACACUGAAACAUCGAAUGUGUCACGAACCUAAUAGUUGGAUAUCGCAUUUAUUGGAUUUUUUCAAUGUGCAAGACUAUUCUAUACCAAACUACCAUGCCAAAGAUGUUUUGACUGAGCUACAUUUACACCUUUGGGAUUGUGCAAUCGAUUACAGACCUCAACAUUUACCAGUGAGAAGUGCAGUAACAGUAGGCAAUUUCAGUAUGUCCUCACAUUUAUCAGCCCAAGCGAAUUCUUCCACUCUGAGGUUCAUAUUCGAAGAAUGUGGACUGUUUUUGAGCGAGAGAGCACCUCCUAAAAACGGUGUCGCAUCCUCAGCCCCAGUAGAUUUAAAAAGGGACUACGUGAAUGUUAUUGAAUUGGGACUCUUCGAACUCAGCUUAAAGACUAAUGAUAAGAAAAGCGGACUGAAUCCGCACAUAGACCUCCGCGCUUCCAACAACAUUCUGAACAUCCACACCUGCUCUGACAGCGGAAGAGUAUUGAUGCAGCUCCUAACCUAUUUGGCCAACGACGGCGAUCUAUCGCAAUCCGAUACUGUCAGUGCCGAGAGCCCGUUCUCUAGUCCGAGGCACCACGUCGAACAGGAAUUGAUCGUCGUUGAGCCGCAGGACAUUAGUAAUUUGUCCAAGAGCCAACAUGAGCAUGUCAACACGUUGCUGGGAGAGGCGAUGAAGGAAAAUGAAGCGGUCAUAGAGGCCAUGGGAAAAUCAUCGAAUGCAGGAGCAAAAUUGUUCUACUUUCCCGAUGAAGCACAACAGUUGCAAGACCUUCCCCACAAGCCUCUUCCACAAGUUACCAGCGAAUUGGGCGACAUUACCUUCCACUCUAACAAAAGCAGUGAUACGGACGAUGACUUCUGCAUCAUAGGUAACGAACCGGGUCUUGGCCUGUUCCCCAGGAGCGGUCUUCCGGAGAUCAACUGGUUGUCCAGUGAUCCGGUUCGGAUAGUGGACAACCAUUUCGCGGUGCCGGUGGGCAAGACGGACCUGCUCAAACCGCCCAAGUCGUUUCCCAGUCCGAUAAUUCGCUACACCCUGUGUGAUAUGACCGUCGUUUGGAAUAUGUACGGCGGUAACGAUUUCAAGUUGGCGGACAGUGAAAUCAAAAAGAAGACUGUUAAUUUUUCCGAUUCUAGUCUGAGUCAUACUGUUAGUUUUUCAAAGACAGAUCAGAGUGAGGUUAAGAUUACCAAUAAUUUAGACAAGAAGAAGGCAAAUGUGGUGUGGGUGCUGAGAGGUGGAGUGAAUAGGGAUCUCAAUGUUCAUAUGGAAUUUCAUUUAAGUAAGGUUCGUUUUCAACAUGAAGUGUAUCCAGAAACAACGACCCAAGCUUCUAGACAAAUUCUCAUUAUAUCUGACGUUGAAAUCAUUGAUCGCUUGGAAACCAGCCAGAUAAAUAAAUUUCUGUACCAAUAUUCUAGUCAGGCUCGACCAAAGCAGUCCCAUGCUCAUAUGAUUGUUGUGAAAGCCUUGCACAUCAGACCAGACCCUAAACUGUUGAGACAAGAGUGUUGUCUCAAAGUAUCAUUGCUGCCGCUCAGAUUCAAUAUCGAUCAGGAUUCUCUCUUAUUCCUCAUACAUUUUUUCACUGAGCUUGGUAGUGGAAGUCCUGUUAUACCUGAUGAACAAGAAAAACAGACUUCUACAUCCAAACACAACACUCCUACACAUCAACCACCUGUGAUGACAGUGGGUGAAGAAAACGAAGAGCAACGGACAAAGCAGGCACUGAAAGUUGUAGAUGAGAAUCUAAUAAUGCUGAUAGAGGAGAGUAAGAACCAACAAGAUUCCGAUAAUAUUUCUGUAACUUCCUCGAGUAGUGCUAGUGAUGGUUCCCCAGUUUAUUUUAGAAAUGUGAUAUUUUCACCGGAUGUGCCAAUAAAACUAGACUAUCACGGAAAACGCGUGGAUAUGACUCAUGGUUCUCUUCCUGGCCUCCUGAUGGGCUUGGGCCAAUUGAAUUGUUCCGAAUUGAGGCUGAAGAGAGUAAAAUACAGACACGGCUUACUUGGUUUCGACAAACUCAUCAACUAUCUUCUGCAAGAAUGGCUUAAUGACAUUAAGAAAAAUCAGUUACCGAGCAUCCUUGGUGGUGUUGGACCUAUGCACUCACUUGUUCAAUUAUUUCAAGGGGUGCGAGACCUAUUUUGGUUACCUAUUGAGCAAUAUCAAAAAGACGGAAGGAUAAUUAGGGGUCUACAACGUGGAGCGAAUAGUUUCACAACAUCUACUGCUAUGGCAGCACUAGAGUUGACCUCUCGCAUCAUCUAUUUAAUACAGAUAACAGCAGAAACUGCUUAUGAUAUGCUAUCUCCUGGUCCCAGUGUUAGAAGGAUAGCUAAAUCAAAGGGGAAAAGGAAGCGGUAUCAUCAACCGCAGGAUAUCCGGGAAGGGAUGGCGAACGCUAUAUUGCUAGUGAAAGAGGGUAUUGGCGAGACCGCCGACAACAUAGUCCAAGUGGCGUCCCAGGAGAAAGAACAAAAAGGCUACAGCGGCGCCAUCGGUGGCGUCCUUCGCCAAAUCCCGCCGACGAUCUUGAAGCCGGUCAUCAUAGCCUCGGAGGCCACCGACAACGUGUUGGAGGGCGUGCGCAGUCAGCUGGUGCCCGGCGCCAGGCAGGAGGCCAACCAGAAGUGGAGGAGCGACAAGAGUUGA